AAAGAAGCUAAGCAAGCAAGAGCGACUCUUGUCGCAUCAUACCUCUCGGAUCUGCUAUCGAUCCUACUGCCAAGUCAGUUGGGCCACCGGUCCACAACAUCAGCAAACAUGUCCGACAAACUCACUCGCAUUGCUAUUAUCAAUAGCGACAAGUGCAAGCCAAAGAAAUGCCGCCAAGAGUGCAAGAAAUCCUGCCCCGUCGUGCGAAGCGGCAAGCUGUGCAUCGAGGUCACCCCGGAAUCUCGACUCGCCUUCAUCUCGGAGAGUCUUUGCAUCGGUUGUGGUAUCUGCCCCAAGAAGUGCCCCUUCGAUGCGAUCACUAUCAUCAACCUCCCGACAAACCUCGAGAGUCAGGUCACCCAUCGGUACUCAGCGAACAGCUUCAAGCUCCACCGGCUGCCCAUGCCAAGACCCGGAAUGGUGCUUGGUCUUGUGGGAACAAACGGUAUUGGCAAGAGUACUGCCCUGAAGAUUCUCAGCGGCAAGUUGAAGCCGAAUCUGGGAAAAUUUGACAACCCCCCGGACUGGGAGGAUGUUAUCAAGUAUUUCCGUGGCUCUGAGCUCCAGAACUACUUCACCAAAUUGCUGGAAGAUGACCUGAAGGCUGUUGUCAAGCCGCAGUAUGUUGACCAGAUCCCCAGGGCUGUUCGAGGCCCUGUAAAGUCUGUGAAGGGCCUGAUCGAGGGUCGGGCUUCCAUGGACAACCUCGACGAGGUUCUUGAUGUCCUCGAGCUGCGCCACAUCUAUGACCGAGAUGUAAACCUGCUCUCUGGUGGUGAGCUCCAACGUUUUGCCAUCGGAACCGUCUGUGUUCAGCAAGCCGAUGUCUACAUGUUCGACGAGCCCUCUUCGUACCUCGACGUCAAGCAAAGAUUGAGUGCUGCUCGCAUCAUUCGAUCUCUUCUCCGCGCCGAUGACUACGUCAUCGUCGUUGAGCAUGAUUUGUCUGUGCUUGACUAUCUGUCCGAUUUCAUCUGCGUUCUCUACGGCCAGCCAGCGGUUUAUGGUGUCGUCACCCUCCCCCACUCGGUCCGUGAAGGCAUCAACAUCUUCCUCGAUGGUCAUAUCCCGACCGAGAACUUGCGAUUCCGAGAGGAAUCUCUCACCUUCAAGAUUUCAGAGGGUACUGAGGACUACCUGGCGGAUAAGUCUCGCGCAUUCCGUUAUCCCAAGAUGCAAAAGACUCUCGGUGGUUUCAAGCUGAGCAUUGAUUCUGGCGACUUCACCGAUUCGGAGAUCAUUGUCAUGAUGGGCGAGAAUGGCACCGGAAAGACCACUUUCUGCCGUCUCCUCGCUGGCGCCCUGAAGCCCGACGGAGACCAAAAGGUCCCGGAGAUGAGAAUCAGCAUGAAGCCGCAGACCAUCACCCCCAAGUUUGAGGGCACUGUUCGAAUGCUGUUCUUCAAGAAGAUCAAGGCCGCCUUCCUUUCUCCCCAGUUCCAGACGGAUGUUGUCAAGCCGCUCAAGCUUGACGACUUCAUCGACCAGGAAGUAAAGAAUCUGUCGGGUGGUGAAUUGCAGCGAGUCGCCAUCGUCCUGGCCCUCGGCAUGCCUGCCGAUAUCUACCUGAUCGACGAGCCGUCUGCCUACCUCGACUCGGAGCAGCGUAUCAUUGUCGCGCGUGUCAUCAAGCGCUUCAUCAUGCACGCCAAGAAGACCGCCUUCAUCGUCGAGCACGACUUCAUCAUGGCCACGUACCUCGCCGACCGCGUUAUCGUCUUCGACGGCCAGCCGGGUAUUGACGCGCACGCCAACAAGCCCCAGUCGCUGCUUACCGGCUGCAACACCUUCUUGAAGAACCUGGAUGUCACCUUCCGCCGUGACCCUACCAACUUCCGCCCGCGUAUCAACAAGGCCAACUCGCAGCUCGACCGAGAACAGAAACUAGGCGGCAACUAUUUCUUCCUGGAAGAUCUAGAGCAGAAAUCGAGUUGAAGAGGGCGUCCCAAAGAAGAACGACGAGAGCAACCAUCAUCACCACCGCCGCCGCCGCCGCCAUCGUCGUCGUCGUAAUUUUCCUCCCCCAUGUUGGCAUGAAGCAUCCGGUCCCGGCGUUGCAGGCGUUCAAAACGGUGGCAAAAUCCGAGCCGGCGUCGCUCGCGGUCUGCAUGAUAUCGCUUUAGAGGAGGAGGGCGGCGUGUCCGACGACAACGAUCCGGACGCCUAACAACGGCGACGGCAGUCUAUCCCCUGUUGCCUGGUCCUACGAAGAAGGGAGGAGUCGAGGUCUUCCCCCGGUGGUCUUUGUUUUGCCAUUUCCCCAUUGCUUGGAUCGGAAAUCCUGCUUCUGCUUCUGCU